AUGUUCAACAGUAGCUCCAUCACCCAGUUCCUCCUCCUGGUAUUUGCAGACACACGGGACCUGCAGCUCUCGCACUUCUGGCUCUUCCUGGGUAUCUACCUGGCUGCCCUCCUGGGCAACGUCCUCAUCAUCACCACCAUAGCCUGUGACCACCAUCUCCAUACCCCCAUGUACUUCUUCCUCCUCAACCUCUCCCUCCUUGACUUGGGCUCCAUCUCUAUCACUCUCCCCAAAGCCAUGGCCAAUUCCCUUUGGGACAACAGAGCCAUCUCCUACUUGGGAUGUGCUGCACAGCUCUUUCUGUUUGUAUUUUUCUUUUCAGCAGAGUAUUGUCUUCUCACUGUCAUGGCCUAUGACCGCUACGUGGCCAUCCUCAAACCCCUGCACUACGAGACCCUCCUGGGCAGCAGAGCUUGUGUCCACAUGGCAGCAGCUGCCUGGGGCUCUGGGUUUCUCAAUGCUGUCCUGCACACGGCCAAUACAUUGUCACUACCCCUCUGCCAGGGCAAUGUCCUGGGCCAGUUCUUCUGUGAAAUCCCCCAGAUCCUCAAGCUCUCCUGCUCACACUCCUACCUCAGGGAAGUUGGGCUUAUUGUGGUAACUGCCUGCUUACUAUUUGGUUGUUUUGUUUUCAUUGUGGUGUCCUAUGUGCAGAUCUUCAGGGCUGUGCUGAGGAUCCCCUCUGAGCAGGGGCGCCACAAAGCCUUUUCCACGUGUGUCCCUCACCUGGCCGUGGUCUCCCUCUUCCUCAGCACUGUCUUCUUUGCCUACCUGAAGCCCCCCUCCAUCUCCUUGCCAUCCUUGGACCUGGUGGUGUCAGUUCUGUACUCGGUGAUGCCUCCAGCAGUGAACCCCCUCAUCUACAGCAUGAAGAACCAGGAACUCAAGGGCACCCUGAGAAAAAUGAAUGUUUUUCAGAAUCAAUAA